AUGUCAAUCGAUCAAGAACAAAAACAGCAACGACCAACUAACCAUCCAACAAUCGACCACCAUCCAUCCAUCAUCUCAUUAGCAACACCCACCAUCCUACUCGUCCCAAUUCAACCCAUCAGCCUAGACACUUUCAAUGGGAUCGUGCAACUCUUCAAACAGUUUUCGACCUUCCCCCUCUCAGAACUAAGCUCAGCAAACAACCCAACCCAAACUCCACCCGCUUCACCCUUACUCAAUACAUCAAGCCAACCUCAACUGCUGCUCAACUUCAACUCCACCUAUUUCUUCUCACCCUCAUCGAUCUAUCACAAGUUCUUGCAUACCUUCCAACCACAUAGGAAACCAUUCGGAAUAAUCGGAAUAGUCGACUGUUCUCAUUGGGGGCCGUCAUCUGACCAUCAUCGCCAUCAACCAUCCACUCGUCCCAAUCUUGCGACCUCUGGUACACUCAAUGAUGCACUCAGAUCCUUCGAAAUCUUAUUGGCCACUCAUCAUCCCAGAACUCCGGUCGGAAGAUGCUUUGGAUUCUAUCCAACCGAUAACCAGCAAGAUAACGUCGAUGGAUUGGUCCUGAUUCCUCACGUUGGCGAUCAAAAGUUCUACCUCCAACGUUUGAUCACCGAAUUUGCCUCCGAUCUCAUCCGAUCUUUCCAACAUCUCUCAGCUGUUCUCCAAUCGACCUCAAGCUUAGAAACUCCAAGACAAUCCUAUAAUUCAGCUUUAUUUGAUUCGAUCCCAAUCUUACCACCUCUGCAUUUGAUCCCAAAUCCAGCACUACGAUCACCACCCGAUGAAGCUCCAGCUGGGAUGCUUCACCCCACAGCAUCAUCCUCAAAAUUGGCUGCACCCAAGGCUCGUCAACCGAUGGAUUAUAUGCUGAACGACAUGAAGCUUUCAUCUGAACCAGUCUCCCCUCGUGCUACGCGCCCUGACGAGCCCAAUCAUUCCACCUCGGUACCCCCUGCCAUCAAUAACCGGCUUCUGAAUGGCGAAAACCGAAUUCCCGCCUCGUUUUCUCCUCCUCCAAUCGACUCACGAGUCCGUAAAAGACAUAUCGGUCGAAUAAGAAAAGUAGAAGCUGAUCUAGAACUUUUAGCUGCGAAACCGAUCAAUGCACUCAAGAUCUACAGCGAAGCGAUCGGUCAUCUAAAAUUAGCAAGCGACUAUGUCUGGUGGGCUGCAGCGCUCGAAGGACUAGCAGUCACCAAGAUGCUCUCAUUACUUGCAGGGGUGGUUGCCGAGAACAGCGUACAAGAAAUAUCAGAUGACUUGGAGCUAGCCGUCGAAACGUAUUCGAAAGCCCUUUCAAGGUCAUUUGAUGGGACGUUGGUCCAUGGAAAUUUAGAAUCUGUCGAGCCUCUGGUAUUCGUGGAAUCUGUCAUAAGACUCUUGGAUUUCAAAUUGGAACUGAUCGAGCUACGUGACUCACAAGUGGAACGUGCAGAUGGGGAACUUUUGCGCAUGCUUCUGGGAAAUCAUCUCGCUCAGCGUCGUAAAUCAGACCAUCGCAAACCGUUUUCUCUCGAACUCAGGUUGGAUAUCAAUCGAAUAGGAUCUAUGGUUGAAUUGGCCGUUGAUGGAUUAAGAUUUGCAGAGGAUCGAAUUCGUGCGUUGAGUAAAUUAGUAGGCGUGUUUGAGAGAAUUGGCUUCAUGAGGAAGGCAGCCUGGUUCAAACGGAAAUUGGUCGGCGUGGUAGUGGAACAGAUUGGCAAAUUUCGUGGAUCGAUCCCAUUGCAAGGACGGCAAGAGCUGGUGAAGCUGAUCGAGGAGGUGUGCAAGUCGUUUCGAGUUCCAAUUGACGAGCUUUCUCACCAACCCGUCGUGAUCGAUUACCGCCUCGGUCGGAUUGAUCAAGCUCAAGCAGGAUGGAAGGAGCUUCAGCUUGGAGUCUUACUGGACGCAGUGAUUGCUUGUGGUCAACUGGAAGAAAACUUGAGUGAAUUAAAGUUUCGGUUGAAGUUGAAUGAGUUUCUUGAUCACCACGGAUCACAUGACCUUGAGAUCAAGGAUGAUGAUAGGAGGAUCAACUGGCUUUUCAAGACUCUCGCCCAUCCAUCGCUAAAAUAUUGGGGACCGAGGCAGAUCGUUCUGACGCUGGAGCUUGUUCCGUUGUCCGAUCGGCAUGCACUCAUACCGUAUCAUACACGUCCAAUCUUACAGACAGGGAUCCAUGCCGGGACAAACGACAUACCCUUGCCAACGUUUUACUACAACCACAAUCGCACACCUACGGGCAUGGGGAAAGACAAGGCACUGCCGUUAAAGAUGGUCAAAGACGAACCGAUCAAUGUCUUGGUUACUUUACAGAAUCCUAUGUCAAUUGACCUUGAAAUAUUGAUGAUUUGUUUAAGUGCGAUCGGAAUACCGUUUGAAGCAAUAAAAACACAAACUGUGGUCAAGUCCCGAACGGUGAAGACAAUUGCAUUGACCGGGGUUCCGUUGUCGAGUGGAACGUUAAAGAUUAAGGGAUGCCAGGUGCAGUUAAUUGGAUGCGAUGAACCUCAAGAGUUCAUCUUGCCGAUUGGAAAGCCGAAAUGGAACAAGAAAGACGAAGAAGAAUUGCUUAGCUGUGAAGUGGUUGACGGCUUGCCCUUUUUGAGGAUUGUCAGUGGCUGUGAGGAAUUAGCCGGAGGUGGUGGAGUGAUGGUCUAUGAUGGCGAGGUGGUAACGAUCGAGAUCAAGAUCAUGAACACCUCUAAAGUUCGGGCUGAUUGGAUCGAUGUGGCUGUGCAAGACAGUUUGAGUGACCAGAUGAAGAAAACACUAGACGAUCCACAAAGUAGCCACCACGCUACCUACGAGCGAUAUCAACUGGAAUAUGAACUAGUCCACCGGCCAGUGCUGAGUGUCACGUGGACUGACUCGAUUGACGCUCUUGGGAUGGGAUGGGUCAGACUGAAGUGUUUGGGUAAGGCCGGCUGUCGGUCUGUUGGCGUGAGGAUCGAGUACGAUGUGGAUGGUGGAUUGAAUCUGAAAAGACAUCUUGAAUGGAGCAUCGGCUUAUCUGUUCAGAAAUCUCUCAACGUCGUUGGAUUCGAAAGCUUAGCCGGUGGCAUGCUCAUCAUCAAGGUUCAAAACUCUGCUCAAGGCGGGCAAGUGUUUGAGGUGGAAGCUAAAGGUAGUUAUCGCGGCAGGGCCGACUCCCAAUCGUUUAUCAUAGAAAGUCAGAAGCAAGUCAUUCAACCUGGUUCAACUCACGCAUUUUUGAUCGAAAUCGAACCAAUCAAAGUCACUCAGCUCGAUUCGGAAAGAUCCAUACCUUCUCUGAUUGAUCGUCAAUUUGUUGUCACUCAUCGGCAAGACAAGCAUGAUGAUCCUGCUGAUGAUGGUGAUGUGAAUGACACAACCAACAAGUAUCGCCACAACAAGCGCAUCUCUAAGGAGAAAUUGGCACAUGCCGAGCUGUUGAAGUUUUGGAUUAAAGAUCGACUUCUGAAUACUAUCACAAUGGAAUGGCGUGAAGUUGGGACAAAUAAGUUUGGAGAGAUCAGUUUGAGAGGAGUACAAGUCGAUCAACAGAUGGUCACCAACUUGAGAUCCCAUGAGGUUUCGGUUCAGUUGAGCGUUCUCAAUCAAGAUCUCCAUCACAUAAAUGACAAGCCGCUGGAUGAACUUCAUCGAUCCUCCUUGAGACCUCAAACUUUACUCGAGAUCGACACAUUUUACUCCGUUCUUACUAAAAUCAAAAACCAAUCAGGAAUGAAGAAGAAAGUCGACUGUUUGGUUAAAGUGAUGCGAUUAGAUGGGACGAUCAUCCCAACAAGCAGUCAUACAACUGAAGAUCAAAGCGAGUCGUUGAUUUAUCUGAUUGAGGGCGUGGUUCAAGACCAGGACUGCCAUGAAUUUCCUCAUGAGCACCAGUGCAACCAGGGAGGCACAAGGACGGUUAUGUUGGACGAAAAUGAUGAGGAUGAAGGACACCAGGUUGAGAUGAAAAUCUGCUUCUUGACUCAAGGUGCUUUCUUACUCCAAGCCGUCGCUCUCGACUCCUUUCCUCAUCAGCAUCUUGACCAUCAUCCUCAUUCUCCUCUUGGGACAUCUGAGGUUAUUCAUUUGGUUGUCUCUUAG